AUGCCUAAAAAAAAAGGAGGAAACAAGCUAUUUCAACAACUUCAUAAGCUAAUCACCGAUAUUUGGGAGCAAGAGGAGAUUCCAGAAUCAUGGAAGAUAUCUGUCCUAUGUCCAGUGUAUAAAAAGGGAGACAAAAUGGACCCAAAGAACUAUAGAGGAAUUUCUCUGUUAAACACUUCGUACAAAAUAUUAUCUAACCUCUUAUUAAACAGAUUGAAAUCAUGUAUUAAAGAAAUUAUUGGAGAAUACCAGGCAGGUUUCAUGGUAGGUAAAUCGACUAUAGAUCAGAUUCAUAUAAUAAAACAGAUUGCAGAAAAAGCCAUGAAUUUAAUAAAGAUGUACAUAUGCUUUUUGUGGACUUUAAAACAGCAUACGACUCGGUAGAUAGAAAGAAACUGUGGAACGUAAUGUCUCGUUUGGGGAUACCAGAAAAACUUACUAGAAUAAUCAAAGUGUGCGUACAAGGCUCUAAAUGCAAGGUGAGUUUUGGAGGAACCUACUCAAAUGAAUUCCCAGUGUCGACAGGUCUCAGACAAGGAGACGCAUUGUCACCGGCUUUGUUUAACAUUGCCUUAGAGUCAAUGGUGAGACAAGUUCUUAGAAAGGCAGAAAGAUUAAAACUUAGUGAUGACCAACAGCUCACAAUUGUAGCAUAUGCUGAUGAUCUAGUGAUAAUAACAGAAAAUGAGGAGAGUCUGAAACAAUCCACAAAAGAGCUAAUAAGGGCAGGGNAACGGCAAGACAAUUAGAAAUAGAAGGUUUCUCAUUUGAAAGAGUAGAACAUUUCAAAUAACUAGGAACUUGGGUGAAUGAAAACGCAAAUAGUCAGGAAGAAAUAAGAGAAAGAUUGAUAGCAGCAAACAGAUGUUAUUUUGGAUUAUCCACACUAUUCAAUCAAAAUUACUCUCAAGAAGAUCAAAGACAACAUUGUAUAAAGUUUUAAUUGGACCUAUAGCAUUAUACGCGUGUGAGACGUGGGUAACUACAAAAAUGGAUGAGAAGAAUUUGGGUGUUUUGAAAAGAAAAAUACUUCGGAAAAUUUUUGGACCAAAAAAGAAUGAAGGAGGUGUAUUUGAAAUUAGGGCAAAUGAGGAGUUAAGAGAACUAUUUGGAGAAGCCGAUAUUAUAGGAAUUAUGAAGAGUAGCAGAAUAAGAUGA